AUGAGCAAAAAUUGUCCCAAGUACACUUCCUUAUCAGACCAAGUACUAAAAGUUUUAAGAUGUGACUUAAAAGAUGUAGUACUUUUAAUAAUUGAUGAAGUGUCCAUGAUUUCCAAUAUAACAUUAAUGUACAUCCAUCUUCGCUUAACAGAAAUAUAUGAUACCAGUGACGUUGACGACGGAUGGUUCGGAAAGAUUCAUAUAGUGUUGUUUGGUGAUCUGCUCCAACUGCUUCCUGUGAGACAACUGUCACCAUUCGAAAAUUUGAAGUCGUGUGAUGUUCUUAAAUGUUUAGGAUCCCUUAGUGCUCCAAAUUUAUGGAAAACACUAUUUUGUUAUGAGGAAUUGACUGUCAACAUGAGGCAAAAAAACGACCAACUUUUCGGUGAAAUGUUGAAUCGUUUUAGAAUGGGUGUAGUAACAAAUCAAGACAGUUGCACUUUAUUUAAUAGACUUCUUAAAUUAACUGCUAAAAAUCAAAACGACCGGCUUAAAGAAAUCAUAUCCUAUUUUAGACUGCUGUCCGAUGAUACAGUAUGUUUAUUUCCCACUAAAAAUAUGUGUAACCAAUUUAAUACUGCAAUGUUGACAAGUAUGGAGCAACCAGAAAUUAAAUUAAAUUCGAUAGAUGAAAUAGACUGUCCACGGUAUUUAAAAAAACGAGCAAAUGAAGUUCUCAAAAAAAACGAGGAUGAUUCAUCGCUCACUGCUGGCUUAGAAAAUGUCAUCACAAUAAAAAUAGGUGCACGUGUAAUGUUGCGAAGAAACAUAGAUGUCAGUAAGGGACUGGUAAACGGAUCCAUUGGAAACAUAGAAAAUAUACAUUGGGACGUCGACAACAGCAAUAGAGCACGUAAAAUUACAAUACAAUUUAAACAUAAUUUAAUUUACGAACUAGAACGAGUCAAGACCAAGUUUCAGAUAUUGAGUAAUGUAUAUGUACACAGAGAACAAUUCCCUAUUUGCUUAGCAUAUGCUAUUACUAUCCAUAAAUCACAAGGCCUUAGCUUUGACAGAGCUCUUCUCGAUAUAGGCUCCUCUGUUUUUACUAAAGGGCAGGCUUACGUUGGACUCUCCAGAGUUAAAACCUUAGAUGGAGUACAUCUUAUCAAUAUAGAUCCAAGUCAAAUCAAGGCACAAGAGAGCUCUAUUGUAGAGUUAUGUAUUAUUAUAUACGAAUUAUGUUAUAGCCUUCGCAAAUUCUAA